CAAUCAUUCCAUCCAAUCUGUCUCCCCCACCCUGUAUUUAUCUCUUUACUGAUCACACCCACAGACACACUUCCUAAAUCAGCAAUGGACAUCGCCGGCGACUGCUGCGGCGGAGAGUUCGCCGCGCCACCUUUCGUUGCGAAAAUUUAUCAGAUGGUAUCCGAUCCGGCGAAUGAUUCAAUCAUCUCAUGGGGACGAAACAGCAACAGCUUCGUGGUGCUCGAUCCCUUCGGCUUCUGUCAAAACCUCCUUCCCCUCCAUUUCAAACACAGCAAUUUCUCCAGCUUCGUCCGCCAGCUCAACACUUAUGGAUUCAGGAAGGUGAAUCCGGAUCAUUGGGAGUUUGCGCACCCAUCGUUUCUUCGCGGGCAGUCGCAGCUAUUGAGCCGCAUCGCGAGGAAGAGGAAGGAAAGGGAUGUGGAGAUUGACGAAGAUGAUAGGGCGUUGGUGAUGGAGUUGAGGAGGUUGAAGGAGGAGCAGAGGGCGAUUGAGGAUAAACUGGAGAGGUUAUCGAGGCGGGUUAUGGAGACGGAGAGGCGGCCGCGCAAGAUGCUUCAAUUUUUGGUUAGGGUUUUUGAGGACCCGCAGAUGUUGGGGAGAUUGAAGGGGAGGGCGGGGAUUGGAGAGGGAGAGGGAUUCGGCUGGGAGAAGAAGGAGAGGCUUCGGAUUGAUGGAGAGCCGCCACCCCCGCAGCCGUGGGAAAGAUGGUUUAGGGUCGGAUUUGGGGGUCGGUGGGGGAGGUUUUGGCUGGGAUCCGUUUCAUAUGGAUUUUCUUUAAUUUUUGUGUUUUUUUUUUUUUCUUUUUGAUGCGGCUUAAGCAUGUAAAUAUUUUGAUGAUGAGUGUUUGCAAGGAGAAAAUGUUUCAUGUGAAGAGUGUUUGUGGGCGGUCACGUCGUUAUACACAUCAGCUGCGGGCCAUGUGACCUACUAUAAUUGAUCGUCUGAACGUACGACCACCUUGAGGGAAUAUUUUUUCAUGUGGAGGAGCUAUUACAUGCAACAAGUACAUACAAAUAUUUUCAUGUAAUGCCCAUAUAUUUGGGUGGAUCAAUGUAAAAAUAGGCCUCUCUUAUUUUAGCUCAUAUGCUUUUAUAUAAAAAAAUUUUCUCAUAAAAUAUAAAUGGGUAACGGGUAAAGAUUACGUUUUG